CGUGUAUAGCCUUAUCUUAUUCACCAAUAGUCGCGUCAUUAGUAUUUGAAGGGAAAACUAUUUAUAAAAUAGCGAUUCUUUGACUUUAAAUCGUUAUUUGAGUGUUAAUUCAAUACAUAUUAUUGACUCAGAAAAUGCCAUCCCAUCACCACAUCCUCUACGCGCUGAUUGUCUGUGUGUUAGCCCAACACGUCUUAUCACAGGAGACGUCGGAGUUGGCCGAGGAGUACAUCGACGAAGACCUGCCGGAGUCGGCCGCCGACCCCAACAGCCCCUCCCUGACCGCCAAACCCAAGAACGAGUCGACAAAUGAGUUGAACGGCCACAAGAAGACCAACUUCACGGACGAUCGGUUCACCAAACUUUUCCAGCCUCGCAGGGGUCGACCCCAGCCUGCCGUACUGUUCCCCAAGUUUAACGCCAAGGCCAAGCCUACCCUCCCGCCCUUCAUCAAGAACACCCCGUCCAUUGUCAAGGCCCAGCCGAUCACCCAACCGCCCCAACCCGCCCAGCGAUUCAAUCAGCGAUCGGUGGCCACCACUCAGAGGACUACUACUACCAGAACCCCCGCGAGGGGUGGUAGCUCUCAGGCUAAUAGCAAUCGUAGGGGCGGGAUAGGAGGUAGGGGUGUCCAGUCGACCACUGCCAGCCCCUCGACCACUACGGACUCGGCGUCGAGGAGAAGGUUUGGCGGUGGCGUCGGAGGGAACCGUCGUUUUAAUGUCAACUCAACCAUUCCGGCCACGAGUCGACCGAAAAGAUUUUGA